CGGUUUCUAUAGUCAGUGUAGUGUGUGUAACCACGGAGUGUAUAUUGUAAUCUAGAGUCCGUGGUGUAACGCAAAAGCUUGAUGAUUUGUUUUUCAGAGACGAUGCAUUGAACCCUAUAUUAAGGGACUGUUUGAAAUAUAUAUACAUAUCUUCAAUAUUAAUGCGUGGGGAUAACAACAUGCCAAGUACACGUGCAUUUAAAUGAAUGUGAAGUGAAGCUACGCUGAACACUUGCCGCUCUCACCAUGACGUGCGAAGUUAUCCGAAUGUGUGUAUCAGUCCAAUUCACUUCCUGUGCUGAAUAUUGCGAAGCAUUUCGAUUUUAUUGCAUUAAUUCGUCAAUUAUAUAAAAGCUGAUAUUUUUUACGUUUUCAUGCUAACUAACUUUUCUUCUCAGAUUUAAUGCACUAUUUUGUGUCAUGGACUUACCUGCAAUGUACCUGCACAAAGGUGUGGAGUUGUAGCGUCAAAACAAUCACAGCUCUACUGGCCGAAGGCUGCAGGAACUUAUGUGAUGACUGGUGCUGGAACGUCAUCACCAAACCAACAUGGCUGCCCGGCACAUCGCCAUAGAGAGCUGGCUGGGGGCCCUAGAUUUGAGCCCCUAUCUGCCAUGUUUUAGCGCGUACAAUGGUGUAGAGGAUCUGCUGUACGUUACCGAGGCUGAUAUCAACAACCUUGGAGUGAAGAAUGCAGCUCACCGAGCCAAGAUGACCUCCAGUCUGAACAUGCUCAGAGAUAAAUAUGAGAGAUCCAGCACUCCAGGUGAGAGCUCCAGCACUCCAGGUCGAAAGGUUCCAUCCACGCAGCAAUUUCAACGGAAUCAAAGCGCUACUGCACAACUCUCCUGGUCGCAACCCUCCCUUGUGAACAGCCCUGACUACCAGCAGGUGGGUGUCCCCCCAGUGUCACCUGAGCAACUGCAGCAUGACCUCCUAGUGGAGCUACAGGGCGACCCCGCGGACUUAAAGAGCAAGGCCUGGUACCACGGGAGCGUUUCCCGGCAACGAGCAGAGGGUUUGGUCACCAAAAACGGUGACUUUCUGAUACGAGACUGCAUCUCAAAUCCUGGGAACUUUGUCUUGAGCUGCUGCUGGAAGGGGGGUCCUUUGCAUUUCGUGAUAAAUUCCACGCUUUUUGAUCAGGGACCAGGAAAACUGCCGAAAGUUUCCUAUCAUUUUGAAGAGCUGUAUUUUAGCAGUGUUCAGGAGCUUGUUCAGUAUUACAUGGACGAGUGUAAGACAAUCACAGACAUAUCUGGGGCAGUUAUCACCACCCCAAUAGCACGUUCCAUGCCCUUAAGCUUCUAUGAUAGUAAAUACGGAGUGAUCAACUCUAAAGUAAAUAUGCAUGGACACACCUAUAGCAAUAUCACUAUAUCUCGGAAUUCUUCUGUUGCAACUACAAUGCAAAGUGUUCCUCCAAAUGUCACCCUUCCAAACCCAAUAGCUUCCAUGGCUAUGAGUCGCAGUCUGUCAGGGUCAGGUUUAUCCCAGCAACACAGGUCACCACAUACACCCCCUUUUGGAAGCCCCCUUGGGACCUCAGGUUUCAGCCCAAAGGUCAGUCCUUCAGUGAGCCCCCAACAGGACCGCAGAAUUACGCAUGUGGAACGUUCCGGAAGUCAGCCAUUGCUGUCUGUGAAUGAUGUGCCUGUAUUCAUCCCACCACCUAUGGACAGGGCUGAUAGUCUGCCUGUUCUGCAAGACAAGUACAGACAAGUGACUCCUGUCAGAGAUAUGCCAGGAACUUUCCCCUUGGAAGACUCCGGAAUCUAUAAACUAGCUACUCCCAGUUUGUCGGUGAGUUCUAAUGCCCCUCCAGUUUCAUCUUCUGUACCCCAGCCAGCAUACUUCCAUCACAGGUCAGGGAGCGCCCCUGUGUUGACCCCAGGCUUCAACCUCACUCAGACCUUUGACCUGCUGACACCGCCCACUCCAAACAACCACCAUGUGUCUGACAGUGAUCUCUCUAAAGCCCCACCCCCAAAACCCAGCAGGAUACCGUCUGUGAAGUACUUGAAGAAGCCUGACAUCAAAGUUAGAAACAAGGCCCUUUAUGAAGACGAUGAUAGGGAUUAUAGUGACUAUGGUCAAGUCAAGUCUGAGCCAAGUUGGCUCCAUGAACCACCAACUCGUGACAAAGAAGUCAAUGAAAAGAUGUAUGAUAAUAGUGCUACACAGUUAAAAUCUUUGUUAGAACCUGUUGAUGUAAAUCAAAAUGUUUCAAAAAGUGAAAGCAGAAAAAUCUCAGAUACUAAGUUUAAUAUUCUUGAUGGACAUGAUGAUUCUAACACCCCUGCUUUUCCUUUGGAAUUAAAUCUAAAAGGAGGCCAAAAAGUUCCAGCAAAGACAAAUCAAGUAAUGGAACCAAAAGUGAAAAUACCAAAAAUAGAAAGUGAGUCCAGUUUUAAUGUGAAUAAUAACACAUCAAAAUUGCUGCCGAAUGAGAACAAACUGCUAGAGCCAUCAGUGUUAAUGUGCGUGAGAACACAUCUUCUUGAAACCAAUGCUCAGAUAUUAGCCAAGCACCUGACUAAAGUUGACCUAGAGCAUUUGAAGGUCAUCACCGAUGAUGACCUUGGUUUGAAGGUCACCUCUGGACUGGAGCUGAUCACUCUGCCACAAGGAAAGCAGCACAGACUGGAUGUAUUGGAGAGGAUCUACUGCCUCCAAGCCUUUAUCAAGGUCAUGAUCCUCACGUGUCCCAAGGUGUCUGAUCGUGCGGCCAUGGUGUCCCAGUGGAUACAGGUUGCCGUGGAAACCAAGGGGCCUCUGGGAAACCACUUUGCCUUUGAGAACAUCAUGGAGGCUCUGGUGUCAGAUCAAAUACAGCGGCUACGCGACACCUGGAUGGUCUUACGGCAAACACACACUAACAGUGCAUUCAUGUUUGACACCAAACUGAGACCAGCAUUCCGUAUGCUGCACGACGGUAGCAGCUCACUUCCUGUGCAUGAUGUCAGCAUUCCCAGCAUCAAUCCCAUAGUGCACCUGCUGGAGCGGACGCUGGACGACAAGAGUUAUCUUCCAUGGGAGACAACUGACAUCAACAACAGCCUCGACGUGAUGCUCAUACAUCUGGAUCUUGCACGGAUCAUAACAGCUCAGUGUGGGAUGUAUAAGGUGACUGGAAAGUUGCGGAUAAAGGACUUGGAAAUCUGCAGAGAAAAAUACGAAAUGUUUCACACUGUUUUUCAUUUGAGAUUCCUGUGGGGAUUUAAAGGCGCGGGCGUGAACCGAACAGAAAGGCACAAUAAGUUCACGAUGUUGUUGACAGCGUACUCUGAAAAGAUCGAAAAAGCAGAUGAUGAUGGCACUGCUGUUUGAUUAAUAUACUGUUUGUAUAGUGGUUUAGUUGUGGUUUUUAUGAUGAUGGUGACGUAAGUAUUACUAAACACUAAUGCUCAAUAUGGUUUCAGAGUCAGACUUCUAUAAUUUUUCUCAUACUCAAGAGGAUUACUCUGUUUCUAUAAACCUUUCAAAUGAAUAGUGAAUAAUAAGGGUGUCUACUAAAACUAAAACUUGGGACUUUCAUUAGUAACUGAUACAUAACUAAGGUAAAUAGUUCCCUUAUAUAGAUUGUACAUAACCCUAUGCUUUCAAGUAGGAGGCUAAUUUCACUUGGAAAAAUAUAUGUGUAACAGCAGUAUGUAUGUUAUCUAUUUAUACAAUUCUGUGAUAGCUCUGUAUUUUUGUUGUUCAUAUUAAUUACAUAAUAUACUAGCAAUUAUACUUGUAUAUGCUUGUAUAGCUGUAUUCAAUAUUAUACUGGCUGAAACGCAAAUGUAAUUAUACUGUAUUCUUUAUGUUAAACUCAAAAGAAAUAAAAUUUGACAUAAACUUAA